UUUCGUCGUGUGAGACUACGUGCGCAAUCGUCUGUUUGGUGAGUCGAGUCUGUUUCGUGAGAGUCGCGACAGUUAAUCUGAAUUCGUGUUGUAGGGUCCUCUGUUUUCAUAUUUUCAGUGCUUCUCCUUUGAGUUGUGUCGUGUGAUGUGCUGACACGGGUCCUCUUAGGGGUCAUCUGUCGGAGUUGAACAAGCUGGCUGUAUCCACGGAUUCGUUCUUCUGUAUUGUUUGAUGCUGAGCGAGGUUAUUUUAAAAAUUGCAUUGCACACCCGCCUAGGAGCUGGGUAUAUCAUCCUCGUCAUUUUCUAGUUGCUCUAGCUGUAUUUGAGCAGCGCUUGGCCGUCAUUCUUUCUGUUGAGUGUAUGGCGGACUCGAGUGAAUUAUAUCGGGCUGUUGAGAGACAUGGACGAAUUUACCGUUGCACACUCCGACGAGAUCGAAGUGUUUACACUUUCAGAGCGUUUCAGGUAUUGCAUCGAAGAUCCACGCUUUGAAAGAGAAACAGGUUACCAUCUUUUGUUCCCACGAAUCUUUAUACAGCUUAGGCGUUUGCUUCAACACCCUGAAAUCGUUAUUGUCUUGAUGAAAUUGACAUUGAUCGACGAAAAACCUCCUCUUCGAUCUUCGAUUAGAAUUAGUUACAUAUAGACAAAGAAAUACAUAGAAAAAGGUGGCAUCAAUUAGAAUUAGUUACAACCAGACUCAAGUAGGUUUAACGCUUCCUCGGCCGUUUUCACAACCGUAGGAAAUGUAUCAUCCCGCCGAUGCCUAAGUAUGGUCGUUUGGGCUGCAGUAUGAUGAUGAACCAGACAAAGUCAAAAGAAUACAUAGAAAAGGAUUGGCCGGCUUUCACCUUUUGGGUGAAGGUUUAGGUGCCGCGACGCUCAAAGCACUGCGUAAACCAACCAGUUAGUUUUCACCCCAACAAAUCUAGGCUUAUCUCGUGCAAAAAUACAUAGAAAAAGAUGGCAGCCGUGAACCGUCUAUCGGCGGCCGUUCUUGGCCAGGGAGAGUACCAACACCCGUCUGAGCCGAGUGUGAAUGCAGUCUACUCGGAGUGGACCGGUUUAGCGAAAGCCACCACUCGAACCGAAGUGGCGCGUAGUUUGAAUCCCUAUCCACGUCGUGAACUGUUAAGGCUACAAUCAAUAGAUGCAUCAAUCUUGAUCUUGAGGAACAGUCGAGAAACCACUAACAAUCCAACAACAAGCUAGACUAGCGCUAGCGGGUAGAAUUCGCCAGGGAAAUCCUAGGCAGCUCGUCGAAUCGAUUCAAAUAAAAAAAUGCAUCUUGGGAGGCAUCUUCAUCGUGGUCCGCCCCUCUACCUAGUCUUCUCAAGGGAAAACCGGGACCAGGAUGCUCACCAAGAUGGAUUUACGUAAGUUCUAAGACUAGUACGUCCCAGCUAUGCAGGGGCUGUUCAAGUUUCCCAGAGUACGAUGGACAUAGCAGAGAACUGCAUCGCGAUCGAUUACAAGCCACCGACGACCCCGGAAGCAAAAUUCUUCAUCACGGAUCAUUUGGGAAGUAGAGUUAUGAUGUUGAAGACUGCAGAUGAUCCAGUACAUCAUGCACUUGCACACACUAAAAAUUGUACAACUCCUUUUCAAAGAUGAAGGUAGAUACAACGAAAGAACAAAGAUGCCAUCCAGCUUCUAGUUCUUGCACUACUUCUCUCUAACCUAGCCUAACGACCCUAACCUAUAGCCUUUUGCGUUUCAUCUUCUAAUCCUCGCAAUUUUGAGGAAGCGGGGAAUCGCUUGCGGAAGCGAUACAGGCUACCUAUGGAACCCCUACCGCAACGUAGAGCGGAUUAUACAGAGGACCUGCAUCCACUAGAACUCUGUCCCAGCACACAACAAAUGAAAGAUGCCACUACGGGAGAACGAGAAUCUACUAGUCCUAGUGCGAGAGCAAGAACCUUAUUACGCCUACCUGGUGCAUCAGAUGAGGAAGAAGACGACACUUUGUUCUUGGAUGCAACAACUGCAACUGCAGCUCGUGCAACUGCAGCUCGUGCAACUGCAGCUCGUGCAACUGCAAUACAACACUCAUCUACAGCAGAAGUAGGAACUUUGGCGGGUGGUGGUUCUCCGAUAAACAGAAGUACAGGUCAUCUCAUUAUCCAACAACAGCCAACUACACACGCAUUGCCCAAGGAGGAUCACUUGAGAUCUAGUCGUUACCGUUUUCGUCGAGAUAUCAACGAUUUCGAAACACGACUCUUCGGAGACGGUCUUUUCGUUGUAUCUUCUCAUGGACAUGGAGGAGGAACCUCAACAGGAGCUGGAGGAGCGCCUGGAGGGGCUUCCGGACGAGCGUCAGUGGAGGAAAUUUUAGAAAAGACGAGAGGAGCUCGGGAACACAGACUUCGGAAUUUAGUUAAUCCAGAUUUCGUGAGGUUCAAAGCACUGGCCGCCAGCUUGAAUGGAGCAGCAAGCGGUGGGGCUACGGAAGGCGAAGAAGGGGCAGGAGCAACGAGUUCAUUUAAGGCAUAAAUCUAGAAGUAGAAUUUCUUCCCAUUCAUCGUGGUGCAACACAUAGUUCUCAUCCUUCGACUCGUUGAACCAUCUCAAUCUGAAUGAAACUAGAAAUGUAACUAAAGAAACUCACAACACGAACGUACAAUAAAAACAAAGAAUUCGAGUCCUCAACUAACAUAUAAAGAAACAAGAAUUACAGCAAAGCCUCAACAUCAUCUUCUAAGACAACCACCGCCACUGCCGGAGCACCAGGACAGCAGGGCGCUCAUGAGAUGUACUACUCAAAAACGCACCCUGAUGGCAUCCGCUACAUCCCGCUUCCGCCACCGCCAGUCUCUCGCUACCGUGUGUGUCCAUCAAGUCUCCUAGCAAGAUUUGACCAGUACUUACGGCUGUUCGUGCAUAGAUAUGCGAAUAUAGUAACAAUCUGGUGUCGUAAAAAAUCAUUUGGUGUACUAGGUGUCUUAGAGUACUACAACAAGUUGAUCUUGAUUACCUCUUCCACUUAGUUUCUUCAUCAACAGGCCACUUUGUUGCAAUGUUGUUAUCAUCUGUUGUAGGUACAGGUACUUGUUUUUGAUAAGCAGUCUAUAGUAAGAUGUUCUGAUGUACCAGGACAUCAAGGAUCUUCCUCCAUAACAAGGUGGAUAAUUUUUCUUGAACAAAAAUAAUGCUCUUCUUCAUCUAACUCCCGACAAGUAUUCGACGGAGAAGAAGAAGGCUAUAUGGAGCAACCGAAAGAAGUCCGACAGCGUUUUCCAUCGUACUAUUGUUGGUGCCAGUACCAGAACAAGUAUCGAAGGACGCUUGCUGCGCCACAGGGAUAAAGCAAAAUCGGCAUUGAAGUUAUGCUCAUGUUGUUUGUAUCUGUAUCCUCUGAUGGUUCGUUCUUAUUCUUAUUGUUUCUUAUUCGAAAAUAUAUACGAAAAUGAGUCCUCUAAGAAAAGCGGACCAGCUUGUGACAUUGCAAGAUACAUAAUGACUUUUUUCUCAUGAAGAGAGAGAGUUUCUUGAAUUCUAAGGCCAAUGUGAUUGUUAGAAGUAUCUUCUUCAGUCGUGUGGAAAUAUUAUAAAAGCUCUCAAGGCAGAAGCGGAUGCAAUGGCUUUUCGUCAUUAGUAGUCAGUACUCGAACAUCAAGGGGAACAACUGUUAAAUACUAUAAAAGCUCUCUUCUUGUUCUAUAAUGCAUGACGCGCGAAAAGAGAAAGUCUUCAAAUGCAUAGAUGAGCCACUUCGACUUAGACAUGAUAAGACGUGAUGAAAUAAGUGCUUGGCUACGAAUCACUCACUCACCCCCUCACGAACAAAUCUCUUCUAAUGCCGGACGCGCGAAAAGAGAAAGUCUACAGCAGUCUCAGCAGUGCUUCCCUUGGAGACUGA